GGGAAGUGAAAGGUUAGAAAAACGAUGGGAGAAGUGUGUGAGGAGAAAAACACUAAAACAUGGCUUACUUUGCUUUGGCAAGUCUGCAACCUUUUCAUGUCUUUAUUCUUUGCUCUUGCAACAUACGUACAGAUCAAUGAUCCAGACGCAGGAUUAUGGAUGGUUGGUUAUGGUGUUCCUGCAGUCCUGUGUGCUCUCAUUGGCUUUAAACCUCAUUUGACAGAGACUUUGCCCUGGAGGCGUGUUGCAGAUCUCCACGUGAUGAUAUCCAGUGCUGUUAUUUCCAUGUUGGGAUGGAGACUUAACAAAGGGCAGAUAACUGAUAUCUUCCAUCAGGAGGAGGGCAGAGAAUUUUCCGGUCUCAUGUUGACACUUGUUUGGCUUCUCCUGUGUCGCCACUCUGGAAGGGCUCCAGUGGGGAUGCUCAGAGUCUCGACAGCUGUUGCCAUCACUGUCUUCCCCUUCGUGGCCUGGCUUUACUACUAUAUCAACAAGGAGCUGAGAGCAAACUGGCCGUCACAUUGUAAAACCGCCAUCUAGACUUCUGAGACAGUAAAGUAAAAGAAAAGAAAACUGAAGGAGCGUUAUGAAGAGAAUGAAUGACUGAUUGUUGUGUACUUUGACUGAAAAUCCUGGACCAAGAAUGCUGCUUAAAUAAACCUUUUUAUAGUAUCAUUACACAAUGUUUUGCACUAAAAUGGUAUAAUUUUUUGGAAGUAUUUUUCCUUGGAUGUGGACCAACAAAUUGUUGUAUACUAAUAUUGUAAAUUCUCUCUCUUCAAUGUACAAUUAAAUGUGUAAUUUUGGACUGAUGAUGUUAUUGAUUUUAUAUUAAAGUCUAUA